AUGAUCGAACUCCAUGCUACUACACAAGGCAUAUUAGGUUACCUGGCUGACGAUAAUGAAGCCCCAGAUUCCCAAGACGCACAAUUUGGGAAAUGGAAAAUUACUGAUGCUAUUGUGAAAAGUUGGAUGUUGCAAACUAUGGAACCCAGUUUGUUGAAUAUGUUUCAUACUCUACCUACUACCUUCUUCAUUUGGGAAGCUAUGAAGUGUGCUGAUGAUAUGAAGACGUUUCAGGCUACUGUUAUGGCAGAUCAUGUGUGA